AUGGCCUUCAAAUUAACUUUUGAAUGUUCUGGCGAUAAGAUAUCUAAAGAUGAUCUUUGGCAACUUUCUGUUAUUCAGAAUAGAUUUACCAAGGAAACCAAAGAUGGUCCAUUUUAUUAUUGUAUCAAAUAUUGGGAGUAUGAUGUAGGAACUAAAAAUAAUCCUUUUUAUUAUGUUGAUGAAGAAGAAUUACGCAAUUGUUAUUCCGAACAACUUGAUGCUUGGUUAGAAGAGUAUGAUGUAGCUUGGAGAAGAAAAUAUCUGAGUAAGGAAUCAUCAGGUAAUAUUUGGAUUCCUUCAAAUGUGGCUAAUCCUUCAAAUAUUACACCAAAGCGUACAUUUGAGAAUACUCCUAGUAAGUCUCGUCAAAAAGAAGAAAAGAAGUCGAGAGUCAUUGAUGACGAUGAUGAUGACGAUGAUGAAGUUUUAGCAUCACGAGGUUCACCUACUAAAAAACAAGUACCACAACAUUUCGGUUCUUCCAGGGGAGAAAUGUCAAAGAGUUCUGGUUCAUCUAUCGCAAGACCAUCAAGACCAUCAAGACCACCAGUUCCACUUUUUUCUGGACCUUCAAGAGUUACUCAAUCCUCUUCUUCUUCUGCGAGUGCAUCACGAUCAAUGUUACCAACUCCACCUCCACCAUUGAUCAUUCCUCCUUAUAUCUCUUCGGGAUCAUCAUCUGCCAAUUCUUCCCCAGAGUCUCGAGUGAGAAAAUCUAGACAUGGUGCUGAUAUUUCCAUGCCGGAUGCGAAUUAUCCAACUCUUUCUGCCAUUGCCAUGGGUAAAAGACCACAAAUAGAUGAUUCCGAUGAUGAGGAUAUGGAGGAUAUUGGCAAUAUACCAACAAAUAUGUUUCAUGGAUUAGAAAUCGAUUCCGAUGCUGAGGAUGAAAUUCAAGAGUUAGUUACUCUUAGUGAUGCAAGAAUUCUUUCGGUUGAUCGAUUAAUUGAUAUUGCUCAAGAAUCUCAAAUCGAUCUACAUCCUUCGGUUGAUGAUGAACCUCAAGAUAUUGAGAUGGAAGAUAUCGGAGGUAGACCCAGAGUUGGUGUCAAUCGAACCUCGAUUUAUGAUCAAAAUUCGGCAAAAUUAAUUGAAGGGUAUGAGAAAGGUUUACAUGGAUUGGUUCAAGCUGCGAUGGAAUUUUCUGGUUUACCUGAUGAUAAAUGGGUACAAAAGAGAAAAGAAUCUGGUUUGUGGAGUGAAUUGUCCGUUUCAUUCAUGUUUAUGAUUGCCGGAAUUAAUUCGAAAAUUCUUGAACAUGUUGUACGAGGAGAUUUACCAAAAGCUCUACAAGCGCCAGAAAAUUUGGUACUACGACAUAAGAUGAAGAAAUUAAUGGGGGGUGAUAAGAAGGAAGCGAGACCUUACAUCUACAUUCACUAUUUGGUUAACUUCGAGGGUGAUUCUCCUACGGCGAAUGAAUUAAAGCUUGUCAUAUCGAGUGUGAAGAUUUAUAUUCGAGGAUACGGUGCAGAAAAUGAUGAACAAUCUCAAAGAUUGGCCAUUGAAGUUGAUAAUGCCAUUGAAUCCAGGGGAUCAAUUCUUCGUCCAGGACAAAGAAGAUAUGUGGAGAAGGAAUCUUGGAAACAGAAUAUCUUGAAAUGGAUCAAGGCACUUGAGAUACGAUUGGAAUUCGAAAUCAAAAAUGGUCGUGGUAGUGAACCAUUAUCUCGUCCUCUUACCGAAGUUGGAUACGCACAAAGUUUGGAUCGACUCGAGCAACAUCGAAAACAUCGUUCAUCUAAUUAUAUCAUGAAUUUAGUGGAGGCCGUAUGUCGAGUUCGCUUUCUUCAAGAGUAUAAGAAUAGGCAAUACAUCAUAUUCAAUUUGAUGGAAGCUUCGGAUGGAAUGUAUGGAGAGAUAUUGUGUACGAGAUUUGCACAAGGCUACAUUGCAAAUGGUGGAGGAUUUUCUCAUUGUGCUGCUGGAAUUAGUGUACACACCACAAGAAAAUUGGGUGAUGAAUAUUGGUCAAAAGUAAGAAAGGAAAUACUUGCUGGAGGUGAACUUGGAAGGAAUGUCAGGAGAGAAGUUAAGAAAUUGAAGGAGAGAAAGGAAGUUUAUGAUAAGUUCAUGUCAACUGCGAAGGAUAUGGCUGAUACCACACAAAGAUUGAUUGAUUUGAAAGAGACAUGGGAGAAGAAGAAAGAUGAACUUGAGAAGAUUGAUAAUAAAAUUUCGGAUCAGGUUGAACAAUAUAUAAGAGAUGGUCAACCUUUAGCAGACUUUUUAGAAGCCUUUAAGAGAUGA